AUGGAGACCAAUGUAGAGCUAUUGGGAGAAGCUGGGGUACCAGAGAGCUUUAUCUCAUACAUGUUAACUCGCUAUCCUCAUUCACUGCAAAUGAAAUGUGAUAAGUUUAAGAGGAGUGUUAAUGGGGCAAUUGAAAUGGGAUUUGAUCCCUCGAGGAUGAUGUUUAUUCGGGCAAUUCAUGUGUUGUGUGAAAUGAGCGAGCAGGCAUGGGAGAAUAGAAUCAAGGUCUAUAGGAGUUUUGGUUUGUCACAUGCUGAGAUUCUAUUGGCCUUUAGAUCACAUCCUUUCUGUAUGAAGUUAUCUGAGGAAAAAAUUACGAGGGGAAUGGAGUUCUAUGUAAACGAGAUGAGCUGGAAUCCUGCCAAUGUUGCCCAAACCCCAGUAGCCCUCUUUUACAACAUGGAGAGAAGGAUCAUCCCCCGAUGUCGUGUGAUUAAGAUGUUGAUGGAGAAGGGUUUGGUGAAGAAAUAUUCUAUCUCAAACUUUUUGGCAUUGACUGAUCCGCAAUUCCUGAAAAGGUUUGUGCAUAACUAUAAGAAUGAUUUACCUGAAAUUAUGGAUGUAUAUCGUGCUGGACAGGCUGGAUUUCAGGAUUGCGAGCCAGUUCAUCCACCUGCCAAGGGACAGGUAGCUGUAACAGUUGUUGGAGGAGAUAGUGAGCUCAGUGCGCUGUCACACAUUCUUCGCUCAUGGAGAUCAUUCCGUCAACCCUUGGUCUGUCCAAUUCUCUCAAAGGCGGAGCUAGUAGGUUCAGCUGCUUUCCUCAGCCAGAGAUUCAAAGUAUGA